CUUCUCAAGAAAUAGUUCUCAAAAUUCAUUUUAGUAAUUCAUAUGCAAUUGAUAUUAUCAACCUAUCUUCAUUUUUUUCUUCUGGUCGAACUGUUUCUGAUCUAAAUUUAUUAUGGCAUCUCGCCUGUGGGAUUUUGCGUCUAGCGCAGCAGCUGGCAGCAGCACUACUAGUGGCAGACAUCAGAAACAGUCAUCUGCCCAGCAUCAGACCCCUCUGAGCAAAGAGGAGAAGGAGGUGGUGGAGACGCUGACGGACAUCAAGGACGCCUACAAGGCCAGUCUACUGGAACACAGACAAAAAGGCAAGCACAGCAGUGGUAACAAGGCGGACAACGUGAUCAACUUGGCAGACAUGAAGUUGUUGAUGAAGACGUUGGGGCUGAAUGUGAAUGUGGAAAGACUGAAGGAGGUGUUGAGUGUGAGCAGGGCUAAGGAUGUCAGACACAGGAUAGACUUGGACUUCUUCUCACUUUUGAACCAGUUGGAGGGACUAGUCGAGGAUCCCUACGUGGACAACGAAGUAAGGAGGGCCUUCAGCUCCCUCGAGAGUGACUUGGGGGUGGGGAAGGGGCAGCUGACGAGGAGACAUCUGGUGGGGGUGGUGAGACCCUUCAGCAACUUCAUCUCUGAACAGGAAGUGGACGAGAUAUUCAGGGACAUUUGCUCCUCUGAAGCACCGUCUUCCACAACCACUGAUCAAGAAGUUCAGCUGGACGUGGACGACUUCCUCUACACUCUGAAGACAACACAGUCAACUGCCGCACAGGCUCAACACAAACAACGACAACAACAGCGACAACAACAACUGCAGCAGCUGCAGAGGAAGAAAAAGUGAAAGUGAAAACAAAUGGAGACCAAAAUCAUAGGCAAAACAUGGAGCCACGAGAAAACCUAU